UCAGCACCGAACGAAACUCCCCAUGCAAUAGGCACCUCGUCGACAACCCCCCGUUUAACUAACCCAACAGCAAAAAGACAACCCGUACAAGCCGUCAAGAUGGUUGCCGCCGCCAAGCACACCGCGAUCGUGAAGAAGCGCACGAAGAGCUUCAUGCGCCACCAGAGCGACAGGUUCAAGCGCGUUGACCCUAGCUGGAGGAAGCCCAAGGGAAUCGACAACCGUGUCCGCCGUCGGUUCCGUGGCAACAUUGCCAUGCCCUCGAUCGGCUAUGGCUCCAACAAGAGAACCAAGCACAUGAUGCCUUCCGGCCACAAGGCUUUCCUCGUCCAGAACAUCAACGACGUCGAGCUCCUCCUCAUGCACAACCAGGUCUUCGCCGCUGAGAUCGCACACAACGUCUCAUCGAGGAAGCGCAUUGAGAUCAUCGCACGGGCGAAGCAGCUGGGUGUCAAGGUCACCAACCCCAAGGCCAAGGUUACCACCGAGGUAUAAUCGACUCGAUCGGUGUGGUGUACGGCGUGUUUCGUUCCUUUUUUUUCUGGUUGCGACAAAGAUUUACUUUGCUCUUGGUCUGCGGGGGAAAAAAAUAUCACUGUCAUUUUCUGCACGGAAGCUUCUGGGGUCCCUAGGGUCAUGAAUUGCAUCUUAUUUUUACGGUUGCUUCUUGUCCCCAUGCAGCAGCCCAAGAGACACCGGGCCGUGAUGUUGGCAAUGCGGAAAUAACGAACAUUUUGACGACCAAAAACAAGCUAGACAGGGGCUUGUGAUGCUAACGGCGACGCCCGGGGUUUAGGCCUCAACUUUUUUCACAUGUUUGAACGAACUCACUUGGGGCCGGCGGUCGGCGUUUUGGGGAUGGAUUAGGCCUGGAAUUAAAAAGCACGAUGGACGCCUACCAACACAACCGAAGUCUAAAUCUAAAUACAGAUGAACGCAGGCUUCUCAUGUUGAUUGAAAUUGGAUGGCAUCAACGGGUUUUUCCAUGUCGGACGUCCGUCUACUGAGUAGCACAUUGGGGUCCAGCCUCUUCUUCAUCCUCCCACUCUGACCCACCCUGUUCUCCAGCCGAAGCACCCAUCUGUAGUUUGAUGUAUUAGUAAAC